AUGCACUGGGAGAAUACUGGAGCAAUACCAACUCGAAAAGUGAAUUUUACUUUGAAAAUCAACAUCACUUUUAAUGAGGCUUUUAAUAAUUUGAAAUCACAUCUAUCAUUAGAAUUCAUCAAAACAUUAAAACCGCAGCUUGAAGUCCUAUGCAAGAAAGCAGAUCCACAAAGCUAUAAAACUCUAAAAGUCAUCAAGUUAUCACCAGGAAGUGUUGUUGCAGAGACCGUGGCAGAGUACAACUAUGCAAACAAUGAAAGUCAAAUCCAGUUUGUCAACACUCAGCUUGAUGGAGUGUUGACUGCUAUCUUGAAUGAUACAAGUAACCUCAGUAAUAUUUCUCAGGCCUUUAAUGCAAGUGUGCUGUUAAAUGGAAUUACCUUCCCGCUACCUGAGAUUACAAAUAUUAAAGACCUGGAGCCUUUUGUUAACUGCACUCAGUUUGCUAAUUACACUGCUGAGAUUGGUAAUGGUCAAUGGCAGUGUGUUGGACCUUGCAAAACAAACCCAGAUUACUGUAAUCAACAUGGAGAAUGCCACAAUAAUGUUUACAAAGGACCUAUUUGUAGGUGCUUUGAGUCUAGCCUGGAGCAGUUUUAUGGCCCACAGUGUGACCUCUUCCGUCGGGGUCCAGGUUUCUAUGGGGCACUGUUUGGAUCAUUGGCAGCAGCACUCCUGCUCUUGAUUAUCAUCAUUAUUGCUGUCAUUGUCAAAAAGAGACAUAUGGGUGUUUGGAAAAGAAGCAACUCCUAUAACAGAAGACUUUCUGCUUUUGAGGAAGAUUUCUUUGACUUCUCAGAUACAGGAGAUCACAACUUGGGAUUUGCAGGCACUUACACAUCAGAGGGUUUUAGGCCCCAUCUACAAAAUGUUGACACCCGAAUGCAGGUCACAACAAAACGUCCAGAGGUUUCCAACGUCAACCCUAGAUGAAGGCUACAGACUGGAAAAUGUUUUUUUUAAUUACAAUGUUUUCCAUGCUAUCAAUUAAGAAAAUCACAUAUCAAUACGAGCUACUAACAAUGUUUUGC